AUGGUGUCAAUUGCGUGUCCUGAGCACAAUGCUGAGCGCGAAAUGCUUGCUAGACCGCUUUAUGUGGCUUCUAUCCGCUGUGGCCUGCUUAAGAAAGAUCCUGGGAGACCCUCAAGCCCCGCAAUGGCGGCAGUGACCUUUGAGGAUGUGGCUUUGAACUUCACCAUAGAGGAGUGGGCUUUGCUGAAUCCAUCUCAAAAGAAGCUCUACAGAGAUGUGAUGGGGGAAACCUUUAGGAACAUGGCUGCUCUAGGAAGAGCUGGGAAUAAACACGGAGGUGGAAAAGAACAUAAAGAUUAUUGGAGAUAUAUGAGAAAUGAAGAGGUAGGAAAAUGCUAUCAGUAUACAGCUUGGAAUCAAUGUGAAGAAAUAUUCCCUGGUACUGAAGAUGUUAAUGUGUACAUAAAACACAAAGACACACACAACAAUGUUCAGAUCCUUGAAAUAAAUCACACUGAGGGGAAACCCUAUGUCUGUAAGCAAUGUGGAAAAGCUUUCAGCAGAAACAGUCAUUGUCAACGUCAUGAAAGAACUCACAUUGGAGAGAAACCCUAUGUAUGUAAACAUGUGGGAAAACUUUUAGCACAAAUAGUCAUUGGCGAAAACAUGAAAGAGUUCACACAGGGGAGAGACCCUAUGCACCUAGACAGAGACCUCAGUACUAGUCAAGCUGCAUUUAUUGCUUUAUUGGCAGUGACCUGGAUAAGGUUCAUCCAGGGAGUACGCCAAGAUCUAGAUUCUAUAAGGUUCAAUUUCGAUUCUAAGUGUAAAAAAGAGCAAAACUGCCACUUUGGUGGUGGGAUGGAUAAAGCAGUGUUCAUCUUGGAACACCCAGGUGAACUGAGUUAG